AUGUAUGUUUUCACCAUCCUGGGCCUCCCUGAAUGCUGCAUCCUAGCAGCUGUGGCAUAUGAUCAUUAUGUGGCCAUAAGCCACCCCUUGCACUACACAGCUAUCAUGAGUGGUCAGGUGUGCAGGCAGCUAGCAGCCACCUCAUGGGUCAUCAGCAUCUUGGUGGAAGCGGUUCAGUCCACAUGGAUCUUCAGCCAGUCCUUCUGUGGCUCCAACCGCAUCCACCAUUUCUUCUGUGACAUCCCACCGAUGGUGUGCACAGACAUGUCCAAGAUCAAGAUUGUUUUCUUGGCCAUGCCAGUGCUGUUCAUCAUGAGACCUUUCCUGUUGAUAAUCCUGUCCUACAUCGAUAAAGAUUUCUCCACCUUCUCCUCCCACCUCAUGGUGGUGACUUUGUGCUAUGGAAUGGCCCUAAUUUCCUACGUGAGGCCCAAGUCCAGCUACAGCCCAGAGAGUGAUCAGAUGAUUUCUCUCAUGUACAAGGUUGUGAUGCCAGUAUUUAACCCAAUAAUAUACACGCUGAGGAACAAAGAGGUGAAGGAAACCUUUAGUAAAACAAUAAAGAAGAGCAUCUUUUCACACAGCUAG